CACACAUCCCGGCAGGAGAGCAGCAAGAGACAGAGCAGAAAAACUGAGGGGAAGAUGUGUGACACUCAGAAUCUCCAGCCAGUUGAAGUAGUGGACCCUGAGGUGGAUGAGGGGUCCGGCAUCCCCCCAGCGGAGAAGGUGGAUCCAGAGGAGGAAGUGUCCAAUCCUCCCACAGAGGAAAGCCUUGAUGCUGGGGAGACGAUGCAGGACAGCCCUGAGGGAGCAAAGAGGGAACCAGAGAACAAGGCCGAGGGAGAGCUAAGCCAGACAACUGCACCCGACCAUUCAAAUGAGUUAAAACCUCCACUUGUUAGUAUACGAAAAGACGUGGGUGUGAGUGGACACAGGCGAAUAGGAGGUCACAACCCUAAAAGCACCAAUCACACGGCAUCGGCAGCUCUUCCUUCCUCAACGGCCAGUACAACUGUUUCAGGGAAACGGACGAUGGUACUCUCCAACGAAGCUAGGAAAGAGAUGGCCAAGCAGGCCAGGGCUGCCAAGGAUGAGCGUCGGGCCAUGCUAGAUGCCCGCCACAAGUACCUCAUAGUCAAGCUUGUGGACAGUGUGAGCCUGGGGGAGACUGAGGUGGAGGAGGCCUUUAUAUCGGAUGACAAGGUAAGGGCCUUCAUCAAACCACCCCACCUGGGCAGACACAGUCAGUUCUACCCCUGGGCAGAAAAAGCUCUUUCUCACCACUGGUACUUCAGAGGUAACGUUUUGCUGCAGAACUGA